AUGCAGGACGUCCAGGACAAUGUGCCCUUGGAAGACCCUGGCGUUGCAGAGAGCGGCCCCUGUAAGCCCAAAACACCAGGUCGGACCCAGAAGGACAAGAGCAUCCCUGAGGAUCCAACCCCUCGUCUGGUAGAUGCAGGUGACGGUGCUCCCAAGCUGGGCAACGAGGUUGGGAUGAAUCGUGAUUUCCACAAGGAAGAGAAGGCUUUACCUCCAAUGAGCCUGGAAGGCAAAGUCAAGGACAAUGCCUUUUGGGAUCGUCUUAAAGAGCAGUUAUCAGCUACUCCCCCAGACUACACUUGUGCUCUUGAGCCUUUGAAAGAAAUUGAAGAGAUCGUGCUGUCGCUGCUCUUAGCACGCCAGAACCGCCUGAGAAGUGAGAUCAAGGAAGCUCUGAACAGGGACCUCCUCAAGCAGGAAGCAGAACACAGGGCCCAGAACUUCUGUCACCUCUCCAAGUACACUCUCAGCACAAUUGCUUUGCUGUGUCCAGAAGUUGCCCACAAGGAGAGCUGUGUCCGCAGUGUCAUCGAUCAGCGGAUCCACUUGUUUCUCAAAUGCCUUUUGGUUCUCAGUGUGCAGCGUUCUCGGUUAGGCCUUCCCGGAGGCCUGACUCUCACUGAGGCAGAGCUGGCAGAGAUGGACCAAAAGUUUGUCAGCCUAAACCACAAUUGGCAGGCGUUCGGCCCCUACCACACGGAGAUCCUGAAAACCCUCAUCCCCUCGAGUUUCAACCAGUGGGACAAGAAGUGA